CCUCCCGUAUAUUUCUCCACUCCAAACACAGCAUUAAUUGUUCAGUUCUGAUUUCAGUGGUAGGGCUCACAUGUGAAUUCUAUGCCUCAGUUGGUUAGCACUUGGCAACAAAAAAAAUUUGCUAUAUCAAUUAAAUUUCAUAAACAACCCGUCGGAAAAAUGGUUUGCUUGGUGAUGGACAGAAAGCUCCCGGCAUAAUCUCAGAGGAAAAAACAAUGUCACAGGCAGUGGGACCAGACGUUUCUGAUUCUCCGGCGACAGGAAGUAACAGCUGCAUGUUCUACAAGUUGAUGAUUGCUUCCAUUCUCCAAGACAAGAAGCUGAGGAUCCCUGGAAAGUUUGUCAAGAAAUAUGGAGAUGAACUUUCUUCUAUUGCUACACUUACAGUUCCGAAUGGUCGUAUCUGGCUGGUGGAACUAGAAAAGGUUGACAAGAAGUUGUGGUUCCACAAUGGUUGGCAUGAAUUUGUGGAACACUACUCCAUUCGUGUUGGGUAUUUCUUGGUUUUCAGAUAUGGAGGGGAAUCAAACUUUAAUGUUUAUAUAUUUGAUCUGGCAGUUUCUGAGAUAAGUUACCCAUGUAAUAUUCCUGGUAGUUUGCAGGAACCAUGUCAUGAUAAUCAUUAUCUAGUAGCCCAUAAGAAACAUGUAGUGCAUAAUGACCUCCUAGAAAUUUUGGGUUCUGGUCCACCAUGCCACACACCUAUUUCCCCAAGAAGCAAAUUUUUUGAUAAAUAUGUGCAUUGCAACUGCACCAUAAAUGAAAACUAUGAUACCAGCAGAGAGAAACUGAUUCUAAGAAAGGACAUAUAUGAUAUGGAAGAAAAUUUUCAAUCUUCUCAGCAUGUAGGUUUACAGUUUAAUGAUAUUGAGCCUAUAAGAACUCCUGAUAAAGUAGUUUUGCCUGUCUCGGAUGAAGCAGAAGGAAGAAAUAGGAGAAGGAAACAGAAAACUGAUCCUAUUGAACAUGAACCAAUAAUCAAACAGGAAGCGGAUGAAAUACCAGUUGGUGCGAAUGUUGCUUCUGAAACCUUUACAAGAAGGUGGAGAACUGUAACGCCAGAAGAGAAGCAGAGAACAGUUAAUGCUGCUGAUAAGUUCAAGUCUGAUAAUCCAUUUUUCAAGGUUAUCUUGCGAUCAUCCUAUGUCUAUAGAGGCUUCCUUCUGCACAUUCCAUCUAGCUUUGCUAGAAAGUAUUUGACAGUCACAGCAUUCAUCAGACUUCAGGUUUCCGAUGGCAAACAAUGGCCUGUCCGCUGUGUUUCUGGGAAGGGGGGAGCUAAAUUAAGCAAAGGAUGGACAGAAUUUGUAUGGGAAAAUAAUUUGGAAGAAGGAGAUGUUUGCAUCUUUGAGCUGAUUAAUAUGAUUGAUAUUGUGCUGAAAGUUACAGUUUUUCGGGUACUUCAAGAUGCAGUGCCAGUAAACCUACUGCCGAAUAGAAUCAUGCAUAAAAUAAAAUAAUCAAAUAAUCAUGAUUUGCUUGUUUAUUUCUGGCUUGUAAAUAUCUGUCAGGUACAUCUAUCUUCUUUGGUUGUCCUUUUAACUGGUCUUCUUUAUUCAGCCAGAACCUGGUAUGUCUAGUUUUUUUUUAGCAUAACUUGAUUGAAAAUACCAUUUUACAUCAUCAAUAAUGUAUUAGUAAUGCCGAAUGCCAGACUGAAGCAUAACAAAAGUAUAUCGUUAGUCUUUAAUUUUGGAGCAGUGGAUUUUUGUUCA